GACGCGAAGGGAUUGGGGGAAUUAGAAGGGGCAGCAGUGCGCGUGCUGGGGCACGAGUGGCGUGUGUUGAGGACGCGGAAGAAUGGGGGGAAGAAGAAGAAGGGGCAGCAGUGCGCGUGCUAAGGCACGAGUGGCGCGUGUUGAGAUUCAAUGAGAGCACCAGGCAGAGCGUGGCGCGGGUGGCUACAGCGGCUGUGGAUGUGACUGUAAAGGGGGAGAGUGAUGUGACUAUUGGAGGGAAGGGAGAGGGGGAGAGGAGGCGCGUUAUACUGCAACGGCAACAACCAGACUGCCUUGCGUUCGAAUGUGCGUCGGCGUCUCAAAAGAGGGAGAGAGGAGGCGUGUUAUACUGCAGCGACAACAACCAGACUGCCUCGCUUGCGAAUACCGCAUCUGGAUGCCAGCAGCGGCCAUCACUAGCACUUCCCCAUUCCCCUUCCUCUCCCACACAACUCCUGCCCCAAACCCCUCCCCUCUCCCCCAUUGCUCUUGCCUCCCCUCUCUCUCCUUGCCCACAUGGCCUAGACCUCAAGUGCAUGGCAGCAGCGGGCGGACCCCACCAGUUGCUUCCCCAGCACUUCUCUUGUCCCCUCCCCCCAUUCCUCUCUCCAGCACUUCUCUUGUCCCCUCCCCCCAUUCCUCUCUCCAGCACUUCUCUUGUCCCCUCCCCCCAUUCCUCUCUCCAGCACUUCUCUUGUCCCCUCCCCCCAUUCCUCUCUCCAGCACUUCUUUGCACUCCUCCUCUGCUCUCGCCCCCUAACCCCUUUGCUCUUGCCUUCUCAACUCCUUGCCCACACAGCGCAGACCUCAAGUGCAUGGCAGCAGCAGCGGCCCUCACCAGCACGUUCCCAUCUUCUUUGCACACCUCCUCUGCUCUGCUUUCCCACUUUUGA